AUGGAUGAACCAUCUCCAUCAUACCCACACACACAACAAAGAGGUCCAGAACCUACCAUAGAGGAAGAUUCAGAAACAGAGACAUAUCAAGAUCUAGAGGAUCCAGUUAUUAAAGAAAUCCCAAUCAUCCUAAAAUCCACAGAUCCUUCUGAAAGACUACUACUUCUUCAAUAUCCAGGACGUCCAUCAACUCGUCCAUUCACAGAGAAAAACCGUAUACUUGAGGCUCGUGAAAAAGUUUCAACAGAUGUUAUAGAAGUUGAUGUUCCAAUUGAUACAACACGUUUUUAUGAUCCACUAAAGAAUGACAAUUGGGGUGUUGUCAAUAAGCAAACUCUACGUGGUGUUAUGAAUGACUCAGAUGGUUAUUAUGUUGCUAGUGUACAAAAUGGAGAAUUGGUAUUGGUGCCCGUUAGCAAGAGUGCACAAAUGAGACCAGCUUUUAACUAUAUUGAUAAGGAAGUUGCUGAUAAAAAAGAAGUUUCUCGUUUAGAAAAUGGAUCAAAUGGGAACGGACAUGCUAAUUCUAGUGUUCAAGUUGUUCAAAUGACUGUUAAAAGCACAGUUGAUAAUGCUCCAAGAUUAGGUGGUGCUCUAUUGGCUAGGAAAAAAGCUGAUGAAGAAGAUUUUGUUCAUUUGAAUUGGAAUGAUUUGAACGAUGACGAAACUAAAAAUGCUAGAGAAACUGCGCUAACAGUGGAGAACAAACACGAGUUGAAUUCUAGUACAACUAAUGAUGAGUAUAUCAAUCUAUUGGUUCAAGAAACAAUAGUUGAAUGA